CGGCCCCCUGCUGGCUGGCGGGGGCGCCGGCGUGGGACCCGUUCGAGCGGCAGGAAGAAGCGGCCCCCGCCCGAGGCUGAGGCAGGCAGGCGGCCGCCGCCCGCGCCGACAUGUCGAAGCGGCUGCGGAGCAGCGAGGUCUGCGCGGACUGCAGCGCUCCGGACCCCUGUUGGGCAUCAGUAAACAGGGGAAUUCUGAUUUGUGAUGAAUGCUGUAGUGUUCAUCGGAGUCUAGGACGUCAUAUCUCGCAAGUGAGGCAUCUUAAACACACACCAUGGCCUCCAACAUUGCUGCAGAUGGUUGAAACACUGUAUAAUAAUGGUGCUAAUUCCAUAUGGGAACAUUCUUUGCUGGACCCUGCAUCUGUUAUGAGCGGAAGGCGCAAAGCUAACCCACAGGAUAAAGUGCAUCCCAACAAAGCGGAAUUCAUUAGAGCUAAAUAUCAAAUGUUAGCAUUUGUUCAUCGCUUGCCAUGCCGAGAAGAUGAUAGUGUUACUGCCAAGGACCUUAGUAAGCAACUCCAUUCCAGUGUGAGGACAGGGAAUCUGGAGACAUGCUUGAGAUUACUCUCUCUAGGAGCUCAGGCCAACUUUUUUCAUCCUGAGAAAGGAAACACCCCGCUUCAUGUUGCUGCCAAAGCAGGACAGAUCUUACAGGCAGAGUUGUUGGCAGUCUAUGGUGCUGAUCCUGGCACACAAGACUCCAGUGGAAAGACUCCAGUGGACUAUGCAAGACAAGGAGGGCACCAUGAAUUGGCAGAGCGCCUUAUAGAAAUACAGUAUGAACUUACUGACAGACUAGCGUUCUAUCUCUGUGGCAGGAAACCAGAUCACAAAAAUGGACAACACUUUAUUAUACCUCAAAUGGCAGACAGCAGUCUAGAUUUGUCUGAAUUGGCAAAAGCAGCUAAGAAGAAGCUUCAGUCUCUAAGUAACCACUUAUUUGAAGAACUUGCCAUGGACGUAUAUGAUGAAGUUGACAGGCGGGAAACGGAUGCAGUUUGGCUUGCUACUCAGAAUCACAGUACACUGGUGACUGAGACAACGCUUGUCCCUUUUCUUCCUGUAAAUCCUGAGUAUUCUUCAACACGGAAUCAGGGAAGACAGAAACUAGCUCGGUUUAAUGCCCAUGAAUUUGCUACACUAGUUAUAGACAUUCUAAGUGAUGCCAAGCGAAGACAACAAGGGAAUCCUGUCACUGGCUCUAAAGAAAAUGUGGAACUGAUAUUGAAAGCUAUUAACAGCCAGCAUAGUAGUGAGAGUCAGGAUAACGACCAGCCCGAUUAUGACAGUGUUGCAUCAGAUGAAGAUACAGAUCUGGAAGCAAAUGCAGCAAAAGCAAAUAGACAGAAGAGCCUGGAUUCAGACUUGUCCGAUGGACCAGUGACAGCACAAGAAUAUAUGCAAGUUAAGAAUGCUUUGGUGGCUUCUGAGGUAAAGAUACAGCAGUUAUUGAAGGUGAACAUCAACCUGAGUGAUGAACUGAGAACCAUGCAGAAAAAGCUUCAAACACUACAGAGUGAAAAUACGAACCUCAGAAGACAGGCCACAACCAAUAUAUAUCAGGUCCAAACUGGUUCUGAAUACGCAGACCCCAACAAUCAUUCUUCUUUAAAGCGGCGACCAUCUACACGAGGUAGCAGACCUAUGUCUAUGUAUGAGACUGGAUCGGGUCAGAAACCCUACCUCCCAAUGGGAGAAGUCACAUAUCCAGAAGAGAGCAUAACAAGACUGCAGCCUUUCCCUCCACAUAUCGGGAGGAGUGCGUUUGUGACCUCCUCUUCAUCUCUGCCUUCCUUCCCCUCCACGCUUUCCUGGUCAAGGGAUGAAAGCACACGAAGGGCAUCGAAAUUAGAGAAACAGAAUAGCAUGCCUGAAAGUGACUAUGAUAACCCCACCCCCAGUUUGGAGCUGGAUGAGACGGGGCCAGGUAGGAAAGGAAGGCAGAGAAGUGUCAUUUGGCAGGGGGAAGGGGCUAUCCCCGAGAACUCGGAUACAGAUGCAACCCCAAGUUCCACUUUGCCCAGUACAGAAGAUGUUAUUCGAAAAACUGAACAGAUCACUAAAAAUAUCCAGGAGCUGCUGCGAGCGGCACAAGAGAAUAAGCAUGACAGUUAUAUACCGUGCUCGGAAAGAAUACAUGUGGCAGUAACAGAAAUGGCAGCCUUGUUCCCAAAAAAACCCAAAUCUGAGCUGGUAAGGACAUCGCUGCGGCUGCUGACAUCGAGUGCCUACAGACUCCAGUCUGAAUGCAAAAAAACCCUGCCCCUAGAGACCUGCCCUACCACGGACAUCCAGCUGGUCACUCAGCAAGUUAUUCAGUGUGCGUAUGACAUUGCCAAGGCUGCUAAACAACUGGUUACCAUCACAACCAAAGAGAACAACAACUGAGUCCUGUCGUGUUUUUUAGUCUUGGUUUUUUAGAGAUUGGAGUUUAAAUUUAGACACACAACUUUUCAAAUUUUUACAAGAAAACUAAGGGGGCAAGUUAAACUUUUUUUAAACUCAGUAUUAUUUUUGCAUGUUUUCUAACAGAACUUUCAAAGAUUAAUUUAACCCACUGCCUUAUUUUUGUGCCUGUGUUGCCAGUUUAAUUACAGAAUAUAGUAUGUUGCAAACAGCUGUUGAUCCAAUAUCACAUACCAACAUUGUAUCAGAGGUUCUUCUAGGCGAUUCCUUGGAGCUGUAUUCUGCUUUCGGAUAUUGCACACGCGCACAAAACUCUCAUUGAAGUCAAAUGCGCAUAUCAAAGGGCAGAAUCUAGCCUUUGGUCUGUACAUCCUUGAACUGCUCUGCAUGGUGAAUCCCCUUCAAUAACAAACUCACUCUCAGCAGGACAGUGGACUGUGAAGGCUCCAGGAGUGUAACUGUUGAACAGUCAGUAGAAUGAAGUUUUAUAUAGUCUUCCUGAGAAUUGAAUACAAAGUUUAUAUUUUCUGUUCCAUAUCAACUGUUGUGCAAUAACAAGUCCUUAGUCUGCUGAAACUGUAGUAGUUGUGGGCAUCCAAACCUAUUAAAUGUUUCUUUGUCACUUUUAUCUAUUUUGGAAGGAAGCAUGAGAUUUAGUUUCUUUUAGUUGUCACUAUGCCACUAGUCUAUACAUUGGAUGUUACUUUAGAAAGGCAUUAGUGGUUAAAACCCAUCAUUUUCCUUUCUCUAAAAAACCCCUUCUGAAGUUUCCCACAGCAUUUAUUCCCAUUUUAGUGUCCUCUUUUUAAGGCUUUAAGUCUUGUUUGCAGCAGUAUUGUUGUUUAAUAUCUUUUUAGAUGCAGUUUCACUAAAGAGUUCUGUGAUUUCUUUAGAAUGGAAGAUAAGAGGGCCAGUUCAAAAGAAGCCAUGCCUGACACGGUACAUCAUAUCUAUACCUCACUGUAGUGGAAUGUGAAAAAUACACUUUUUAUAUAGUACCUCUCAUGCAAAGCUUCCAAAAACUACAAACUAUAUACAGACUGACACCUUCUUAAGGGUCACCUUCAAUACACAACCCACCACGUGCUAACCAACCACUUUAAUGUAUUCCCUACCCAAGUUCCAGUACCUUUUUCUUUAAAGAUCAUGGGUAAGAUUUUCAAAAGCACCGGAAUUCUCAUUUUCAAAGGUGACACGGGUACUUAAAGAGCCAGAGUCUUACUGAAAGUCAGUGAGACUUGGGUCCUAAGUGCCGGUCACCUUUGAAAAUGUGGACUUAAACGCCUAAGUCAAGCUCUUUGAAAAACAUUAACUCAUGCCUACGAAGUGACUUGUUUUGAUGAUCCCUUCAAGCACUGUUCUACUUGAAAGUGAACCUAUAAAAAUGAGAUUCAGAGAUUCCAAUCUGGCUACAAACAAUUUGUUCAGUUCCUAUAUAAAAAGAUGUUUUUCCUGUCUACCCACCAGUCCUACAACCUGCCCCGGAGAGCUGAAUGUCAGCUGUUCAGAUUCGUACGUAAUCAGUAAUGAAGAUUCAGAGGUGCUCAAUGACACCUGUACAGUAGUAAUAUCUGCAGUGAGUUAAACCACGGAGGGCAGAAUUUGGUCUUGCAGUGGGAACUUCAUUGACGGUCAUGUUUUGUGAUUCCCUGUAGCUGUGCAGAUGCUGUUGAGCUAAAAGGAAGUAGCUGAAUUAUUUUUGUUGUCGAAGUGAGAAGACUCUGAAUGCAAAGAGGGAGCAGAUAUGUUGUAGUUCUUAUUUUUUCUAACUAUAACAACACUUAACGUAGCUAUUUCCCAGUGAUGCUAAACCAUCACAUAAUGACUGGAUUAUAAACCCUGGAUGUUAUACAUAUUUAUAUACAUAUAAAAACAUGAGGAAGUUUGAACUCUGAAGGCAUGGGUUUUCCACCAGGCUAACCACCUUCCCUUCUUAUAAAAUACUCAUACAAUUCAUAGUUUCCUCUGGAGGCCCCAAAAACCAUAGGACCACACGCAUGCAGUUUGCCAUGUUAGUCUACUCGUGUUACUGUUCAAGGGUGAGAUUACAGGAAAACUGGUCGAGACUCCACAUAUAGUGUUUUGUCUGAAUAUAUAAAUGCAAAAUUUAUUUUUCACAUAAAUGUUUGAUUCAGAAACACUCAAUUGUAGGAGGCUGUCUACUGUUCCGUAAGCAGAAUCUGCAGUGUUUAGUUUGCUAAAUCAUGAUUCUUUAGGUUGGUUUUUUGGUGAUAAAAAUUUGCUCUGUUUUAGGUUAACAAACAAAAAUUAAACCUUCAGAGGUUUCUUCCUUUUAAAAUUGUGUGUUUGUAUGUAUAUAUAAACACAGAAUAAGUGCCAUAAUAUUUGUUGGAUGCUGAUGUUGUAAUUAACUGCCUUUUUUAAAAUAUUGUACAAUUUUGGGGUUAAAAGCAAGUAGGUAAGGGAUAAUCCUGUUGCAGUCUGAUUCAUAAAUAAUUUAUCCUGUCCCCUCUCCCGUAUCUAGCACUGUCUCUAAGCAUCUGGAAAUGCAUUUAGACAAGGCUGUAAUUUGAAUUGUAGAGAAGUAUUUUUGAAACCUAUUACCAAAAUUCAACCAUUCGUAAUGCAUUGUAUGAAAUAGAAUAACUCCACUUAAGAACUUCUUUGAACCAGCACAGUAGGAACAUGAAGCAUGCUAUUUGCUAGGUAUCCAUCAGGACAUCACUACACAUGGUUUUUACAUAUCCUGUGUGGGAAGCAGAGCAUUCUCAUGUUUCCUAAAAUUUUAUUUGAGGAUAUCAACUUUUUUAAAAAGCUUGCUCAGUGCCAAAACUGGGAAAGUCCCUUCAGAUGAAUAACUGUACAUCUUUCCUUUGUUGAUGGCAGGUUUUGCAAGUACCCGAUUCAAUUAGACUCUGGCAUGAAGAGCUGUACAAGUGUGGCUAAAAUGUCACCCACUUCACAUUAUGUAUCUAGAGUUUUUUUAAAUGUCUAACAUAAGUUUUAUGGUCCUGUUGGUAAACUGCACCUUGUCUAAAUAGUUCUGUUCUACUUACUUACUUAGUCAUAGUAGCAAGUUAUUGCACUAAGCAGUUAUACAUCUGGUGUGAUAUCUGCAGUAUUCUUAUUAUGGUACUUUCUUUCAAGAAGCCCGUAGGACAGAGGUGCACUUUAUGGAAAUGGCACUUGGAGCGAAAGCUGACUCCACUCCAACCAAACCCUGGUUAACUCAAUGUAUUAAUCUACUCCACCCAUUGUUGGUGUUUGCCAAAGUCAUAAAUGGGGCCCAAAGCUUGUUUAGCAUUACGCUUUGGACUGUGUGGAUAUGUCUACGCUGCACUGUACGCCAAGGGUUUGAGCUCAGACUCAAGCCUAACCCCAUGCGUGUCUAUACACAAAUUGCGCUAGCCAAGGGUUCCAGAACCCCGGGGGGGGUGGAGGCAAGCCAGGAUCCAGCAUUCAAGCCCUACUGCUUUGCAGAGUAGGCUCCACCAUACUGGACUUGGGCUCUGGAGUCUGCCAAAAGUAUCCCAUGGGCUGACUUUCAUUUUCCUCUGGACAGUCAAGUUUCCCCACACUGCAUCAUGAACAAAGGGCUAGAGUCACCACCUUUUGGAGGGUGCUAGGACUCUGAACCGCAUUAUGCGGCAUAGGUGCUAGAGCCCCCUGUUGGGACCCAGCAUUCAACCAUUCCUAACCUAUGGUUACAGAUAAGUGUAGAUGCUCAGGGUAUGUCUACACUGUGAUGAAACCAUCUCCAGCUGGCCUGUAUCAGCUGACUCAGGCUCACAGGGCAGAGUCCCAGAGCCUGGGCUUCAGCUCAAGCCUGGAUAUCUACACUGCAAUGUUUGUGGCCCUGCAGAGCUGACAAUGGCCAGUGUGGGUGUUUUAUUGCAGUGUAGACACAUCCUCAAGCCCUAGGUUAAUGAACCCAGAGUCUACUAACUUGAGUUCUGCCAACCCUGGUCUUACAUUGCCGUGUAGACAUGCUCUGAAUGGCUGCAGGGCAGGAGCUAUUAAAAUACCUGGAGUAGUUUAGGUGCAAAAAGAUGUGGGUUUUUUCCUGUGGCUGGAACCCCACUUUCAAAUAACUUGUAUGUUUUUCCCCUCUUGGUCUUACAGAAAUGUAAUCCUUUCUCUAAGAAAAUGCUGCACAGGAAAGUGAAAAUGCCUUUUUAUGAACUUGUAUUUCUGUCCAUUUUGUACUCAUGAUUUAGCCUUUAAUGUUUACUGUAUUACAUACAAUUACUGUACAACCCUUAAGUGUUAUAAAAUUGUUUGGGAUUAUUUGCCUGCUACUUAUGCAAUAAACAGGCUUUUAAAGUG